AUGGUACUCUCUUUUGAUUCUUUGUUUUCUUCUCUUUUAUCAAUUGUCUCUUCACUUUUUGCUCAUGGUACUCUCUUUUUGAUUCUUUUAUUCUUCUCUUUUAUCAAAUGUCUCUUCACUUUUUGCACAUGGUACUCUCUUUUUGGAUUCUUGUUUUUUUUCUCAUUUUAUAUUAACUGCCUCUUCUUUUUUUUGCUUAUGGUACUCUCUUUUGAUUCUUUUUUUUUCUCUUUUAUCAAUUGUCUCUUCACUUUUUUGCUCAUGGUACUCUCUUUUUGGAUUCUUGCAUUCUUCUCUUUUAUUAACUGCUCUCUUCACUUUUUGCUUAUGGUUUUCUCUUUUGGAUUCUUGCUUUUUUUCUUCUUUUUUUUAUCAACUGUCUCUUCACUUUUUGCUCAUGGUACUCUCUCUUUUGAUUCUUGCUUUCUUCUCUUUUUAUUAACUGUCUCUUCACUUUUUGCUCAUGGCACUCUUUUUGAUUCUUGCUUUCUUCUCUUUUAUUAA